AUGGACUUUCAGUCUAAGAGAAAUGAAGAACGAUCAUUGAGCAGAACCGAGUAUGUUCUUAAACUCCUAACGCCAAGUCCUCAAAGAAUCGAACGAUUAAAAAGCCAAAUGGAGCACCGCCUUAACGCAGGUCGUGGAGAAGCUAAAUAUAUCGUUGGAUUAAACUGGGAAGGCCAACCCGUAGGUUUGACACUUGAAGAGCUUGACUCAUGCAUAAGUGUUCUUGGGUCCGUUGCUGAGUCUCUUGAUGCCUCUCUUCUUUUGCUUGCAAAAGAGAAAAAAGAAGAAGGCUAUGUAGGCGAACUCCUAAUAAGGAAAAAAGAGCGACAAGGUGUAAUAAUGGACAUACGUGUCGCGUUAUUAGGAGCUUCUGGGGUCGGAAAAACCAGUCUGGUCGGAGUUUUAAGUAAAGGAGUUAUGGAUAAUGGCAAAGGUAAAGCCAAAAAUUCAACUUUACUGCAUAAGCACGAAAAAAAGAUAGGCUACACCACCUCUGUUACCCAACAUCUAGUCGGAUUUGACACCCAAGGACAAGUGCUUAGAAGCAAAAAAGGCUGGGAACAAUUGGUAUGCCAAUCCUCUAAGCUUAUCAGCUUAAUCGACCUCCCAGGCCAUGCCAAAUACAAAAGAAACCUCCUUUAUGGUAUGUCAAGCCAAAACCCAGAUUACUGUUUAAUAGUCUACGAGCCUUCAGAAGAGCCAAAUUCUACUUUCACUGACCACCUUGCCUUAGCUUCUGCUUUAAAACUCCCGAUUUUUAUCGUCAUCUCCAAAAUCGACAAAUACCCACAAAUUGUCAUAGACCGUUCUUUAGACUAUCUCCAAGCCGAGCUUAGAAACCAACGCAGAACUAUGAUGGAAGUGACCAAUUUUGAAGAUGUCGUCCUCUAUUCUCGGCUAUUUGCCCAAGAACAGCUCGCCCCAGUUUUUUCAGUUUCCUUUAUUACAGGCUGCAAUCUCGACUUAUUAUUAAGCUUUCUUAACCUUCUCCCAGCUGCUGAAAACUGAGAAAGCACAGACAGCUACCCUGAGUUUUAUAUAGAAAAAUGAUAUGAAAAAGAAGGACUUAUCAUAGGCGGGGUCAUGGUCAAAGGCAAAGCCUGCGCGCUACAACGACUGAUGCUUGGUCCUGACAACAGAGGUAAAUUCAGAUGUGUCCAAAUAAUGGGCAUCCAUGUAAAUAAAGUCCCUGUACGUUCAGUCAGUGCAGGACAAUUUUGUAGUUUUAAAGUCACUUUAGGAUCUUCUACUGAAAAAUGGCUCAGGGAAAACGAGCUGAGGAAAGGAAUGGUGUUGGUUGAUAAAAAAGUCAACCCAAGGGCAGCUUUUGAGUUCCAGUGCUUGAUUUGACCUAUUGAUAGUGUCAAAGAAGCAAGGACACUGAAAAGCUCGUAUGAGCCGAUGAUUUAUACUCAGACUAUAAGCCAAUGUGCAAGAGUUGUGGGGGAAGGAAAAACCAUUGUCCCUGGACAGUCUACGAAUUUGACGCUGAGGUUUUUGUAUCACCCGGAAUAUGUGUCAGAAAACACGAGAUUUAUCAUAAGGGAUACUUUUAUGACGGCACUUGGGACGAUUACGAGCUUAAAAUUUGAGUAA